CUUUAAUUUCAUUUCCCAAGUUAUACUUUCAUUAUACACACUGUUAUGAAUCGAAUUCAGUUAGUGUUUGUCUGCCGAAUACGGUGGAUUAAAAUAUAAGGCAUUUUAUACGCGCGUUUUUUUUUCUCGAAGAUCACUUUCAGAUGAACAAAAUGUUAACUGGCAGAUUCAUAAUUCUGAUUGGUCUGGCAAUAUCAGCACAAGCAUUUACAAAAUAUGGCAGAUCAUGUAACGACAUAGGAUGUACUCCAUCUCAAGUGUGCACAAUGGUACAAGACUCGUGCUCGUAUUCGCAACGUGAUGGCAAAGAUUGUGGCUCAUAUCCAACUUGCAUAAAGAAAACUAAUGCCGGCAGUACGGGUUCAGAUGCCUCCUCGUCGCAUUCUAAUAAUCACAAUUCUCACGAUUUUGAUACACCGACCAGAAACCCGUCUCGUGGAGGCUCUAGUUCAAAUAUCUACCCAACGCCCAGUCCUCAUCGUCCAUCAUCUCCUGCUUAUCCAAGCAGUCCCAAUUAUCCGGCGAAUCCCAGUUAUCCGGCGAAUCCCAGUUAUCCAGCAAAUCCCAGUUAUCCAGCAAAUCCCAGUUAUCCGGCAAAUCCCAGUUAUCCGGCAAAUCCAAGCUACCCGUCAAAUCCUAAUAGGUAUCCAAUGAAUCCGAGCUAUCCAAAUCCAAGUUAUCCUUCAUCGUAUCCGGGAUAUAAUCCCAGUGGUGGAUCACAUGGUGGUUCCAAUGACUAUAACGGCGGUUACAGACCGUCUGGCGGUGGAAGUUCGUCGUCAGGUGGAUCAAAAGACGACAGUACAUUCAGUGACAUUUUAUCGGGUUUCACAAAGAUCUUGGGAGGAGGCGGAAACAGUGGAGGCUCAUCGUCGAGCUAUGGUGGUGGAUCUGGAUCCAGUGGUUUGAGCAGUUUUUUGAAUGCAUUUGGGGGUACUAGAGGCGGAUCAAGUGGUUCGAGUGGUAGUGGUGGAUUCAGUUCAAUACUUAGUUCAUUUGGGGGAACAAAUCCGCCCAGUGGAAGUUCGUACGGCAGUGGCGGCAGUUCUGGUGGUAGUUUUAGCAGCAUUCUGAAUUCGUUCGGAGGAAGUGGAGGCGGAAGUGGAGGAGGAAGUGGAACAUCUUUGCUGUCUGGAUUGAGUAGUUUGUUAACCGGUAAUGGAGGCAGUGGAGGAGUUCAACGUACUCGGUACGGAGGAUUGUUCAACGAAAACACUCCAUCAGAUAGAUCAUCAUCAUCAUCAACAACUACAACUAGAGUCACUGGAUAUCCAACUCAACCUCCCAGUCACCAACCCUACCCGACACAAUCCUAUCGCUCAUCUUCUAUGUCAUCGUCAUCGGCAGCAGAUCGCUCCAGUACACCAGAAUCGGGAAGACCGCAAUAUGGUUGGAAUGUGCAUAAAUAAGUAAUUUUAUUGUUUUGAUUGUUGCGCUGCCUGUUUCCCUUUUAUUUAAAUCUUUUUGUUUUUUAACCUGAUCAACAAACACCAAUAGACCAUUUCUAGAUUAAUGACGAUGUUUUUAUAGACAAUUUAGAAUUUGUUGAUGUAACAACCGAAAUGAUGUAAAAUGUGAAUACUCACCCUAAUUUUGUCAAUAAAAUAGAUUUACUAAUUUUAA